AUGCAAGAACAACAAGGCCAGUUCCGUCGUUCUAGAAGCCGCUCGAGAUCUCGUGUUGCAUUCAAUCGCCGCUCCAAUUAUUCAUCUGGCAAUGCUCCUCUACCCAUUCAACCUGCUGUUCUCGCUCCAAUCGUUGAAGACUUCAGUCAAUCGUCUGCUAUGAUGCCAGUUGUCAACCCUCUGAUGGUGGCUGCCAAAGAGCUGAAGUUCGCUUGUCAGCUGGCUCAUGGGUCGCCUGUCGCAAUAAUCGAACGAUGGUCCGAUGUCAGUGAGCUGUACCAAUCGAUCGCAGAUUGCUUUGGAAUCUCGAAAGAUGAUAUCAUUUUCUUGACAGUAAACGACUUCAAGCCCGACAUGAAGAACAUGUUCACUGGAACCCUUAACUUCAAAGACAUGCUUUACGCCCAUGUUCGUGGACAAGCAACAGAGCUUCGAGUUCUGAAAGAUUCAAACAACUUUGGAGUGACCAUAACGGAUAACGGGCUCGGAAAUGCGUUCAUCAAAAUGAUCAGUCCAGGAUCGGUGUUCGAUCGGAUGCGCCCGGCUACUCAAGUUGGACAACUGAUUGAAGCGGUUGACGGAGAACGAGUUCUUGGAAAAAGACACUAUCAAGUUGCUCGAAUUCUGAAGAAUGUUCGUCGUGGUGAUGAGUGCAUCAUUAGAUUGAUUGCCCCAAAAUCCGCUGAUCCGGGAACUAUGAAAUCAUCCAAGAAAAGUACAGGAGAAUUGGCAAAAGGAACGAUUCGGUUCAAAUCGGAGGGAGGAUUUGCUGUGGAAGACAUUCAGGAUCAGAUGAUUCAAGCGGAGAUGUGCGGAAAGCUUAACGAAUUGUUUGACCAAUACCUAGGAGUGCAAGAUGAUCAGUUGGCAAUGCGUAUCUGGGAUGCUGCCUCCAAUUGCGAAACUCUUUGGCAACUUAGUGAAUCCAUCAAACAAUCGGAACUUUCAAUGUUCGACUUCCCGGAUGGCUUGGUGUUCGAUAUGUGGGGCAUAAUUGGCGACUUGAAACGUGAACAACGCAACAAGGCUCCAGCUCCAGUCAUGAAAACUUCUCACACACCAAGAACGUCGGCUAUGGCUCUUUUUCAUUAA